UUUUGCGGUCCGUACAGUAGAACACACACACGGCGUUCUCUUUCCUCCCCCAAAACCCCCACUUGUUCUUCAGGCACCAAGGGCGAUGGCGGAGGCGUCCUCGUCCUCGGCGCCGGCCCCGCCGCUGGACCCGGAGGCGAUUGCCGCCGUGGCGGACGCGGCGCCGCCGGAGGAGAUGACGCUGGUGGCGAAGUGGAAAGGGCAGGACUACACGGUGCAGGUGGUCGGGGACGACACGCUUGGGGAGCUGAAGCGCCGCAUCUGCGAGGUCACGGGGGUGCUCCCCAAGCGGCAGAAGCUGCUCUACCCCAAGUUCAAGCUCAUGGAGUGCGAGGACUCCGUCCUCAUAUCCUCCAUCCCCUUCAAGCCCGGCGUUAAGAUCAACAUGAUCGGUACGGUUGAAGAUGAAAUAUUUGUGGACCAAGAAGAUGAUCCAGAUAUACUCGAUGACUAUGAAAUAGGACAGAAUGAAGCUACUGCUAUUAAGGAUAAAGAUGUCUACAAGCAAAAGCUGAAACGGCGUGCGAGUCAAUAUAAGAUCAAGAUAUUGAAUCCGUGCCGCAAAGGGAAAAAACUGCUUGUCUUAGACAUUGACUAUACUCUAUUCGACCAUAGGUCUUCUGCUGAGAAUCCCAAUGAAUUGAUGCGUCCAUAUCUACACGAGUUCCUAUCUGCUGUAUAUGCAGAAUAUGAUAUCAUGAUAUGGUCAGCAACUAGCAUGAAAUGGGUGGAAAUGAAGAUGGAUCAACUUGGAGUUCUUGGUAACCCCAACUACAAAAUUACUGCUCUUAUGGAUCAUUUGGCAAUGAUAACUGUGCAAUCUGAAAACCAGUCUGAAAAGAAAACUUUUGACUGCAAACCUCUUGGUGUCAUUUGGGCUCAGUGCCCUGAGUACUACAAUGAGACGAACACAAUUAUGUUCGAUGACCUUAGAAGGAAUUUUGUCAUGAAUCCACAGAAUGGUCUUGUGAUCAAACCGUACAAGAGGACCCAUUCAAACAGAAAAACUGAUCAUGAGCUGGUGAAGCUUACACAAUACCUGCUUACCAUUGCAGAGCUAGAAGACUUUAGCAAGCUGGACCAUAAUGCAUGGGAAUCCUUCACAGAAAAUGCCAAGAGACGCAGACACAGGUAGUUUUUUUUUCUCAUUAUAUUGAUCAGUGGAAAGAAAGUUUGCUCUCCUGUUUGUUCACUGCUAUUAACUGCAUAGACUUACCAAGUACUGGAUUGACCAUGACAGCCCCAAUUCUACUUAGAACGCUAUAUAAAUGUCUACUUUCGAUCUGCACAAAAACAUUUCCAAAUUACAGCUGGUCUUUCUGAACCUUCCUGUGUGUAUUUCAAUGU